AUGCCUGUCGUCGACUCCCCGCAGUCGUGGCUCGACGACGAGAAACCAGCUGUCGUGCACAGCGAUAAGACGGAGUCAACAUCAGCGGCCCCCCCCGCCCCCGCCUCCGCGCUGCUCGAGAAAAACAACUCUGACUCGCUCUCGUUUGCUGACUCGGAAAAACACAACCCAGAUGCGCCCCCCGAUAACGUACUCGCCGAGUACUCGGAGGCUCAGGUCAUGAACAUGGGCCGCGCUUUCGCCCGCAAAUACGACCUCCCCAACGACGACGACAUGUUCGGACGCGCGGCCGCGCUGGCGCGCCAGCCGGACCGCUACGACCACAUGUCGUUUCUGACCGAGGACGAGCGACUCGCCUGCUACGACGAGGAACACCGUCCGUUCGCCAACAUGCCACGCAAACUCAUAGCCAUCGUGUGUGCCUCUGCCAUGGGCGCAGCGGUGCAAGGUAUGGACGAAACCGUGAUCAACGGUGCGCUGCUGUUUUACCCGGACCCGCUGGGGCUGGGCGCCAAGACCGAACGCAACGAUUGGCUCCAAGGCCUGGUCAACGGUGCUCCGUACCUGUGCUGUGCCGGCGUCUCGUGCUGGAUGACCGACUGGCUCAACAAUUGGCUUGGCCGCAAACGCGUCAUUUUCGUCACGUGCCUGAUCUCCGCGGUCACGUGUCUGCUGCAGGCGUUUGCGCCCACGGGCGAACGCGGGUGGCACUACCUAUUUGCGAUGCGGUUUCUGCUUGGAUUCGGGAUCGGGCCCAAGUCCGCCACCGUUUCCGUGUAUUUGGCCGAGUGUUCGACCAAAAAACUGCGUGGCAUCAUUUGCAUGAACUGGCAGACCUUCACCGCGUUUGGCAUUAUGUGGGGGUACGUGUUUUCGUUGAUCUUUUAUCGCGUCGGCAGCGGAGCCGUGCACGGAGGACUCAACUGGCGGCUCAUGCUCGCGUCGGCAAUGAUUCCUGCACUCGCCGUGCUCGUGCAGAUCCCGUGGUGCCCAGAAUCGCCGCGGUGGCUCAUGGGCAAAGGCCGGUUUAAGGACGCUUACGAAAGCACCGUGCAGAUCCGCCCGCAUCGCAUUCUGGCGUGCCGCGACCUCUUCUACCAGCACGUGCUGCUGCUCGAGGAAGAGUCCCUAGAAAAGCCGUACCUGCAGCGGCUGCGCGAGGUGUUCGCGGUGCGGCGCAACCGCAACGCGUUCAUCUGCGCGUUCAUCUGUGCGUUCAUGCAGCAGUUCUGCGCCAUCAACGUCAUUGCAUAUUACUCGUCGGCGAUCUUCUUGGCGUCCGGGUUCACGGAGAUAUCGGCGCUUAGCGCGUCGCUCGGGUUCGGGCUGGUCAACUUCUUUUUCGCCAUCCCUGCGUUUUUCAUGAUCGACCGGUUUGGACGCCGGUUCCUCUUGCUCACCACGUUCCCGUUGAUGGCGGUGUUUCUGUUCGUGACAGGGUUCGCGUUCUGGAUCCCGGGCCAACAGGCCCGUGUGGCAGUGGUGUCGAUGGGCAUCUACGUGUUUUCCGCCAUCUACUCGUUUGGCUGCGGCGUGGUGCCCUUCGUGAUCGCAGGCGAGGUUUUCCCAUUGUACGUGAGAGCAAUCGGCGCAUCACUUUUCACGAUCAUCUUGUGGGGGUUCAACUUCAUCCUGUCGCUCACGUGGCCGCGCAUGCUGAACGCGCUGCACCCACAGGGCGCGUUCGGGUUCUACGCGGGCUGGAACGUGGUCGGGUGGUUCCUGGUGUACUUUCUGAUGCCCGAGACUAAGCAGCUGACGCUGGAAGAGCUGGACGAGGUGUUCGACGUGCCCCUGCGCACGCGUAUCAAGCACCAGCUCGGCCAAUUGUGGCCAGACCUGCAGGAGUACGUGUUGCGUCGCAAAAACGUGGCCAGAGUGCCACCCUUGGACCGCCACCACAGACUGGCCGUCAAGGCCAUGGAAUGGGACGAGAAGGGAAGCGUCGAGCAGAUCGAAAAGGCUUGA